AUGCCAUCCAUUUAUUCCUCCGUCUACCAGAAUUUCAUCCGUCAAGGAUUCGCAAAAUCAUUCACCCACGGUUAUGCGCAAUCUGUCGUAGCUGCCACACAUCCUCAUGUUCUAAACUCACAGAACCGUCCGUCCUUUGGGAGACGUAACAGUCAGCGGGUCGGACGUCUCUCCAGUCUUCAGCUCCAGAAUGCCUUCCACGCGGCCUCGACCAGCGCCAACGCGCAACAAGCGGAUCGCCACAAUGGCAACCUCGAUGCCUACUUUGAGGCCCUGAAGACGAAACAGGAUGCCGGUGAGGUCGAGAAAGAAUGGACGCAGUUUCAGUUCCCGCAACCCAUAGAAUGGAAGCCGAACGCCUCGUCCAUCCUCGAAGGCCCCGAGGCCGAAGCUCAGGAGGCCGCGGCCGCCGAAUAUGCUGGCGCUCCGGGAUUAAUAUCCGAGGACGCGCCAGUCCCGGUCGACGUGGACGCAGCGCUAGCACACAUUGAUGCCGCUAUCGAGAAAGAGAUCGAGGUUCGCGAGCUUAGGGAGGCGUUGGAAGAGAGCACGAACAACUGUCUACGAGCGUCAUCUCCCGCAGCCAGUGGGCUUCAGUCUCGAUCUUUGACUCCCGCCAUUGAGAGGUCUGCCACUCCUGCCAGCAUCGCCCGUACCGCCACCCCGCCGAUUGAUCCCUUGUCUCAAACCUACGCGGAACAUCUCACCAAGCUUUCUGAGGAUGGCCGAUACGCUGAGAUACCAGCCGUCUUUGAGGGCAUGCUUAUCGCCAACAUCAAGCCCAUUGCUACAGCCUACAAUGCCUUGCUGCUCGCCGCCAUUCGCAUCCCCACCGAGAAGAUCGAGAUCGUCUCUAAGGCACUGGAUGUCUAUGCCGAUAUGAUGCGACGGAAGGUCACGCCUGAUAGUGACACGUACAACAUCCUUAUUGGUCUCCUCGCUGCCCGAUGCCUCGAGGUUUCCAGUCUGAAGACGGAAUUGGAAGAUAAGCGUGUCCGCUUCGGCGGGAUGGAUGCGCCGGGCAAGUUCAUGUUUGCCUCCAGCGAGUUGGAACACGCCAUCUUGUCUGAGGAUGACAGACUCGACCUGGCCAUGAAGAUGUUCCAGUCCUCCGUUACGACACACCGGGCAAACUACUCGUCGGAAACCUACCAUCAGCUCAUCUCAGCAUGUGCUCAAGCUGGCCGUGUCGCUGACAUGCUUCACCUGUUCGAGCACAUGGAGAUGAGUGGCUCCGUUCCCUUUGCCGCCACCUUCCCAUCCAUGAUCUCCGCGUUUGCCAACACCGGUGACUUAGCCAGCGCUGUAGAGUGCUACAACGAGUACAAGGAGUUGGCCGUGGCUCAUGACAACGGCAAGUACACGCUGAGCGACCGCUUAGACUCGCAAGUCUAUGCCGCCGUAAUCAACGCCUAUGUCAUCAAUGAUAAACUUGAGGGGGCGAUGAAGUUCUACGAGAAGCUGGUAACAUCAUAUGGGGUUCGAGCUAGUGAAAUCCAGGACGCUAUCGUUGUCGGUGGUUUCGUUCGGGGUCUCACCUCUAGAGGCAUCUACCAAGAAGCCCUUCAGUGGGCCCUCAAUGUCGAGAGCCAGGCUCGCCUCGGCUCUAUGGCAGACGUUGCUUCAGCAGCGGCUGACGCCGGUGAUAGACACGCCGCCGUCGCCGCGUUUUCGAACAUUCCCACCGUUUACCAAGGCAUUACCACUCCGGCUAUGGCCUUGUUAGCACUCUGCAUACGGGACGGCGAUGUUGCGGGGGCCUCCCGGUUCUGGCAAAUCCUGGCCAAUCCUGAGCUGGCUGUGGACGCUUCUUUCAUUGAGGCGACUGCCAUGUACGCUGUAGCCAUGAUUGGGUCUGGUCAGGUUGCCGAAGGAUUGGCGGAAUCUGAGCUCAUGUUCCAGCGGUUACGAGAAUCUACGGACGGGGCCGCCUUGGCUGAUGAGAUCGAUGAGGGUGUCGACCUUGUAUCAACGUUCAUGUCUACUCGUGGCAUUGCCGAUCCUCGCGAGAUUGCAUCUCAGGCAAGCUAUGCCCCGACGCAGGUGUUUUCAGCCUCUCCUCACCCAUCGACUCCGACCGUAUCGAGCUAUGAGGACAACUUCGACCCUUACGGCCCCAGUACCGAUUUCAAGGGCUCGUCGAUCAUCUCGGACGAAUUGGAGGGUGCACAUGGCCGCAAGGGACCCAGACUUCAUGAGGCACUCACUCGAUUCCGCAACAUGAGACGCGCAGGUCGCCACCCCAGAUAUAUCACAUACUCCAAGAUGAUCUCGGCCGCGGCACGUGAGGGUAAGAUGGAUCUCUGUCACGAAAUCCUCGCCACGGCGCGAACCGACGUUCCCCUCCUGCCCCAGUACUCGGUCGUUCGAUAUGGUUGGUCAUCCAUCCUCGAUGCCAUGGUUGGCGCAUCCUUGACCCUCGGCGACCGCGUUUUGGCUGAGCAGUACCACCUCGAGCUCUCGGAAAUGGGAGCUGCUCCUUCGGCGAACACCUUCGGUCUAUACAUCACCACCCUCAAGGAGUCGACCAAGACCUUCGACGAAGCAUCAGAGGCAGUCAAGAUCUUUCACCGUGCCAAGGCCGAGGGGGUCGAGCCUUCUUCUUUCUUGUACAAUGCCCUCAUCGGCAAGCUCGGCAAGGCCCGUCGUAUUGAUGACUGCUUAUUCUACUUCGCGGAAAUGCGUGCCCUCGGUAUCAAGCCCACCAGUGUUACCUACGGAACGAUCGUCAACGCCUUGUGCCGUGUGAGCGAUGAGAAGUUUGCCGAAGAGCUGUUCGACGAGAUGGAGACCAUGCCCAACUACAAGGCUCGCCCUGCUCCGUACAACAGCAUGAUGCAAUUCUUCCUGACCACCAAACGCGACAAGAGCAAGGUACUCGCCUACUACGAACGCAUGCAGGCCAAGAACAUCGCGCCUACGGCUCACACCUACAAGCUGCUCGUCGACACUCACGCCACUCUGGAGCCUGUAAACAUGACUGCCGCCGAGGCCGUCCUCGACAUGAUCCGUGCUUCAGGUCAGCGGCCCGAGCCGGUCCACUAUGCUUCACUGAUUCAUGCUCGCGGUUGCGCCCUCCACGACAUGCAGGGUGCGCAGAAGAUAUUCAACUCGGUGAUGAGCGACCCCAGCAUCCCACCCAACGCCUGCCUUUUUCAAGCCCUGUUUGAAGCCAUGGUUGCCAACCACCGUGUCAUCGAAACCGAGGUGGCCCUGUCACAGAUGAAGCAACGACGUGUUGCGAUGACCCCGUACAUCGCCAACACGUUGAUUCAUGGCUGGGCUGCUGAGAAGAACAUCGAGAAGGCUGCGUCGGUCUACCACAGUGUCGGGUAUGCCAAGCGUGAACCCAGCACAUAUGAGGCCAUGACCCGGGCUUACCUUGCUGUCGAGGAGCGCGGCCAGGCCAAGUCAGUUGUUGGCGAGAUGCUGUCGAGAGGUUACCCCAGUGCUGUCGUCAACAAGGUACUGGAGCUUCUUGGCGGUGGAAGCAGCGAGGCCGCUGUUGCCGCUUGA